AUGUCUUAUGACCGCUUUGUGGCAAUUUGUAGACCUUUGCUCUACAAUUCUAUUAUGAAUACAAAAUUUUGUUCCCAGAUUAUAGCUGGAAUAUGGAAUAGUUUGAUAUUCAAUAGCAUUCUUGUGGUUCUCAUGGAUCCAUUGCCCUUUUGUGGCUAAAAUGUCAUAGACCAUUAUUUUUGUGAUUUCCUUCCACUGGAGAAAUUGUCCUGCAGCAUAAAUAUUCUUGAACCCAUUGCCUUCUUCAUGACUGUUAUUUUUACAAUUGCCCCUUUUCUAUUGACUCUUAUCUCUUACAUCUGCAUUAUUGGCACCAUCAUAAAAAUGAAAUCCAACACUGGAAGGCAAAAAGCCUUUUCAACCUGCUCUUCUCAUCUCAUGGUAGUUUGCCUCUAUUAUGGCACAUUAAUCAUUGUCUAUGUGUUGCCAGACUCCCCCACUCUGAGACCUCUCAAUAAAAUCUUCUCCAUUUUUUAUACAGUGAUGACACCUUUGGUGAAUCCCCUAAUUUACUCUUUAAGAAACAAAGAUGUUCACAAAGCCCUAAGAAGGUUUUACAGCAAAGUGAUCAUUCUGGGCCAAACCUAUCCCAAACUAUCACUUGGUGCUUAA